GUCUGCUGGCGCUCACCAGGAGGGAAGUGACAUCAUCGCCUCAAUGGCUCUGGUACCUGUCAGUGGUGAGCUGGAUGUCUCAGACCCUCCAGGUGUUGGUGGGUGUGUUCAGUUGGGCGGAGAGCGACCACUCCUGGUACGUCUUCUUCUCGCUGUUCUCCACCUACACCCUGCUGCCCCUCCCCCUCCUCUGGUCCAUUAUCGCCGGGACAACCACGUCUACCUUGCACCUGCUGCUGGAUUUCUGCCGUCACUACGGCGAUGACACCUUCGUCAGAAAGGUGUCAUCCAAGGCCUUACUCUACCUCGCCAUGAACACUGCCGGUCUGUUUAUCCACUACCUGUCGGACCGCACCCAGAGACAGGCGUUCCUUGAGACCAGGCGCUGCAUCGAGGGGCGUGUCCGCCUGGAACGGGAGAACCAUCGACAGGAGCGCCUGGUGAUGUCCAUCCUGCCUCGGUUCCUGGUUCUGGAGAUGAUUGCCGAUAUGGCUACCAUGGACGAGUACCUGCUGCCUCAGCAGUUCCACAAGAUCUACAUCCACCACUACAAAGAUGUCAGCAUCCUGUUUGCUGACAUCAUUGGCUUUACCUCCCUGUCAUUGAUCCUCUCCGCUCAAGAACUUGUCAAAACUCUCAACGAACUCUUUGGUCGCUUCGAUCGGCUGGCUGAGGAGCACCAGUGUCUCCGUAUUAAGAUCCUGGGGGACUGUUAUUACUGUGUCUCUGGCGUCCCCGAACCUCAGCGGGGACACGCCCGCUGCUGCGUGGAGAUGGGUCUCAGUAUGAUCAACACCAUGAGGUACGUUCGCCGUGAGCUGCAGCAGGAAGUGGACAUGAGGAUCGGCGUCCACUCUGGGUCGGUCCUUUGUGGGGUUCUGGGUCUUCAGAAGUGGCAGUUUGACAUUUGGAGCUGGGACGUGGACAUCGCCAACAGUCUGGAGGCGGCAGGCGUGGCGGGGCAGGUCCACAUCUCGCAGGCCACUCUGGAUUGUCUUGGCGGGAUCUAUGAGAUGGAGGCGGGGCACGGCCAGGAAAGAAACGAGUUUCUACGGAAACACAACAUUGACACGUACCUGAUCCGCCCAGCAGCUCGAGAGGAAGAGGAGCCACCGAGAGCAAGACGUCCAAGUUACGACGAGAUGACGACGUGGAGCGCCGAACUGCCAUUUGGAGACAGCCUGGGGAUGAACUUUAUCCUCGCCACCUUCACCAACGGCUCAUUGACCCAGCUGCCCAAUCACAUCGCAGUGCAGCAGUCCGGGUCACGAGAGGUCAACAAGAGGAUCCUCCGGGCAAUGGAGGUGAGGAGCAGCGAGCGAAUGAGAAAGGAGCAGAUCACCACCUUCACCCAGGUGUUCAAGGACUCCCACAUGGAGGGAAAGUAUUCCCACAUGAGGGAUGAACUCUUCAAGUCCAACAUGGUUUGUUCCUUCAUCCUGCUGCUGCUGCUGAUGUCCGUCCAGGCGCUGAUCCCUGCUCCCAGGUUGUGUCCGAUGAUUUCUCAGUUUGUGGUUGGCGGCAGUGUUUACUUCCUGCUUCUGUUGCUGACUCUGGGGGAGGAGUUUAAGCAUUGCCCCACCCCUCUGCAGUCGCUCUGUUGCUGGGUUCACGAAACCAAGAGUGCCCGGACGCUGCUUACGCUUACCGCCAUCACCGUCAACUUUGGGGUCGCCUCGUCAGACAUUCUGUGGUGUGAUUCGUCAGAAACUCAUUUGAACAGCGGGGGCUCACAGUUGGCUCCGCCCCCUUCCACCUGGCCUGACAUCAACAUCUGCACACACCCAGAGUACAUGGUGUUGAGCGGCGUGGUUGCCAUGGUUACUUGUGCAGUGUUCCUCAGGCUGAGUUGCGUGUUGAAGUUGGCUGUCCUCCUGCUGGCCGCCGCCCUCUACACCUACCUGAUAGAAACACACAGGUCUCAUCACCUGUGCAGGAAGGGAAUUUGUGUUGUUCUUAUGGUGAUGUUUGUGGUGGCCGUUCUCUACAAUAGCAGACAGCUGGAGGCCACGGCGCGUCUGGACUUCCUGUGGCGUCUUCAGGCGAGGAAGGAGGUGGAAGAUAUGAAGGAGCUGAGGGAGCACAACGAGUGUCUGCUGCUCAACAUCCUGCCCGCUCAUGUUGCUCAGCACUUCCUGCAGAGAGACCGCAACGACGAGGAGCUGUACUCUCAGUCAUACGAACGCGUCGGCGUCCUGUUCGCCUCCCUGCCUGGCUUCUCUGAUUUCUACCAACAGAAGGAGGUUGUCCAUCAGCACGUUGAGUGUCUCCGCCUCCUCAACAACAUCAUCACCGCCUUCGAUGAGCUGUUGGACGAAUGUUAUUUCCAGGAAGUGGAGAAGAUAAAAACCAUCGGCAGUUCGUACAUGGCGGCUUCUGGUCUCUCUCCUGACAGACAGGACGGCUGGCACCACCUCAGUGAAUUGGUCCUUUUCGCCCUGGCGAUGGAGGAAACUCUGAAACACAUCAACACUCACACAGGAAACAGUUUCCAGCUGCGAGCAGGUAUUGCUCACGGCCCCGUCAUCGCAGGUGUGAUCGGCGCCACCAAACCUCAGUACGACAUCUGGGGGACGACAGUAAAUGUGGCGAGCAGGAUGGAGAGCACCGGGGUCAGUGGGAGGAUACAGGUACCGGAGUCGACCAGCUGUAUCCUGGUGGAGCAGGGUUUCCUACGGCAGCUCAGAGGGAACAUUUACGUGAAAGGCAUCAGCGAACAUCACGGAAAGGUUCGUACGUAUUUCGUGAGCAGUCAGGGCGAGCGUUCCAGUUACAUGGAGCGCGGCGGUGGGCGGGGCUUCGCUCUGAACAGGAACACGCUGGGAGCCGUGGUUUACAGUCUGGUUCAGGCCCGCAAGAGGGAGAAACUGAGGGAGGAAAACGGAGGCUUUCACCUGGUGGAGGCAUCAUAGAAACGACAGACACCGUCCAGGUGAAGUCAUGUUAGCAUCAAUUAGACAAUCAGAAGAGACUUCCUCUAAUCAUGGAUGCAUUGUCCUCUAUGGUCGGACGUAUGGUGGACGUGGACUCAAAACCAAAGACCAAAAACCUCUGACACACUCUGACAUACAGGAGUGUGUUUUUAUUUGUUGUUCCAUGGACUGACCAGCAGGUGGAGCUGUUUCACUGUGUGAAACAUGUUUUUCUACUUUAUAUACCAUCAGAGGACCUUUGUUUUAAAAAACAACAAGGACACGAAGGACAAAAGGGACAGAGGACACAGAGGACAAACACUAUUUGUCCACUACAUGAAAAAAAAAAAAAAAAAAGUUUUUAUGUGUUGGUCCAUGGACUGACCAGAGGGUGGAGCUGUUUCACAGUGUGUAUCAUGUUUUUCUACUUAAGAACCAUCAGAGAACCUUUGUUUUAAACAAGGACACAAAGGACAAAAGGGACACAGAUGACACAGAGGACACUGACGACACAGAGGACACAAAGGACGCAGAGGACACAGCGGACACUGGUGUUAAGUGAAGAAAAUAGUUUUUCUUUAUGUAAAUGAACUAACAUUUUAAAAAUCUGGAAGAAAAACUGAAAAUGUCAAAUUUUUAAUCAUCGACCUGCUGGGCGAGGGUUACAGCCAAACUGAACCUUUUAUAGACUGAAGGUGUUGCUCUCUCUGGAUGUGUUCACUGUCUCAACUGUUG